UUGUGGUCCUUGCACGCUAAGGCUGUGGGACGUGUCGCGGUGCUGCGCCGCUUCUUCCCCGCCCUUCUUAUAGGUUCCCCCCCUUCCCUUUGCCUCCUCCUCUCUCGCCCGCAGCCGAGCGUCCCCUCCCCCCACCCGUCGGGCUUCUCGGCGGCUACUGCAGAGGAUUCAGAGCCGAGUCGCUGAAGAGGAGGAGGCUCCUGGUUCCUGCGCGCCAUCCGCCACCUUACUGGACACGGGCGAGGGAGCGAGAGCGUUGCUUCUUUAGCCUACAGAGAAGACAAGGGCAUCGCCGCCUCAGCCACCGCCGCCGCGGUUUUCGUCUGCAGCGGCUCGCCGAUUGGGGCUUUGUUUUAGACAUUUCACUUUGAUAAACUUACCAAACACAGCUCUGGCUAUUCUUGAGGAGCCUCAGAGGUCUAUGACAUGUUGGAAUUUCCUACUUUCCUGAGGAUCCUUAGUCUUCCACAAUGAACCCUGUUUAUAGCCCCGUGCAGCCUGGGGCUCCUUAUGGCAACCCUAAGAACAUGGCCUACACAGGUUACCCAACAGCCUACCCAGCAGCGGCCCCUGCCUACAAUCCCAGCCUAUACCCCACCAAUAGCCCCAGUUAUGCUCCAGAGUUUCAGUUCCUGCAUUCAGCUUAUGCAACUCUGCUGAUGAAACAGGCCUGGCCACAGAACUCAUCCUCCUGUGGCACUGAAGGCACCUUCCACCUCCCAGUGGACACCGGGACCGAGAACCGAACUUACCAAGCAUCCUCUGCGGCUUUCAGAUAUACUGCGGGGACACCAUACAAGGUCCCACCGACCCAGAGUAAUACUGCUCCACCCCCCUACUCCCCAUCACCCAACCCCUAUCAGACGGCCAUGUAUCCAAUCAGAAGUGCCUACCCCCAGCAGAAUCUGUAUGCCCAGGGAGCCUACUACACACAGCCGGUAUACGCUGCGCAGCCCCACGUCAUCCACCACACCACGGUCGUCCAGCCCAACAGCAUUCCCUCUGCUAUCUACCCGGCACCUGUUGCUGCCCCCAGGACCAACGGCGUGGCCAUGGGCAUGGUGGCCGGCACCACCAUGGCAAUGUCUGCAGGUACCCUGCUGACUGCACCCCAGCACACCGCAAUUGGGGCACACCCUGUUUCCAUGCCAACAUACAGGGCCCAAGGGACCCCUGCGUACAGCUAUGUGCCCCCGCACUGGUAAAGCCUGCAGCCCAUCCAAAUCUGGAGUCACAUUGUAUGCAACUACUCAAGUCUUACACAGGUGCUGGAGCAGUUCCCUAGCAGCACCACCUCUAUUUGCAAGAAGAGACAACGGAAGUGCAAGGGUCACUUUAUGCAUCUUUAACGGUUUUGAUUUUUAUUUUUGGUUUUUGUAAAAGCUGCUUUUUCUAAUCUCCUGCCUCUCCCCACUUUCCCCUUCUUAGCCACUGCCCUUCCGGCUCUACCCGCCUCCUCCUGUAUGACCAGGCACAUCCUCUCUGAUCUUUCCUUCCUCAAGCAUCCAGUCCCCGAUGAUCCUGUCUAGUGGCAGGUAGAGAGUGGGGUUUAUUGCAGUGGUUCAGCUGAAGGCAUGAUUUCCUUUAAAGAGCAUAAUAGCUGUGGCUCUCGGGUCCAGGGUGGGAACUCAGAGCUGUUCAGUAGGCCACAUCUCUGGGGGAUUGUUUCUUUUAUUUUUCUCAAGCAAGAUUAGUUUAGGACAUUACCAUGUCCUGACACAAAUGAAAUGUCUUCUGAGAACCAUCGCAACAGACCAAGAACAAAACCACCUGAUUAGGUAGGAGUGUUCAUAGCAGCUUAAUACCCCGGGUAGGAACCUGGGGAAACCAGAUUCAUUCUUUGGGAGAACUUGGGUGGGGUGGGGUUGCGGGGGAAAGCACUAUGGGAGGGAAGAGGGAGAGAGGCGCUCGCCUGCUGGCUUUGGUUUCUAAGGUCUCUGGCCAAAUUGUCUGGGCCUAGACCUUCUGAUUUGCACAGUAAUGUAAACUGACCUGGCACUUCCUCAGAAGGUGAUUUUGACCUCAGACCUGCCAAGCAGCUGCAUGGUGGUGAGAUCCCAGCCUCCCAAAGCCUUGGAAGGACAGGUGCCCUGUGUAAUCUAGAUCUUGGCCUCUGAGCCUUCGUGGACCCACUCUGACGAGGAGCUUCCUCCUGAUUAGAGUGAGAACCUAUGGCAUUUCUCUCCUUUCUCUCUGCUCUUCCCAGUGCCAGGGCUCACCCAUCUGUCCCUGGGACUGGCAGGCAGGCCAGGCUCUUGGUUACCUUUUGCCAUUCACAGCCAAAGUGAAGGAACCACAUUCCAGGUGGGUGCUGGUGGCUCUGAAGGUCAGUAUAGUGAAGGAAAAGCAAUAGCAAUAAACAUUUCAUAGACUCAUGGAACUGAAGGGACCUUAGCAAUCAUCUCAUCCAUUCCCCUAUUUGACAGACGAGGAAGCUGAGGCCCAGAGAAGAAGAAAGGACUUCCUUAGACCUCACAAUAAAUUAGCAUUAAAUGCAGCCUUCCUACCUAGGGGCAUGUUGCCCACAAAAAUUUGCCUAGGGACGGAUUGGCUUGGUUUUGUAAAAAUUAAGUCAGCAGUGCCCAUACCUGGUGAGCUCUGGGACAGUAUCUGGGCUUUUGUUUCUGCUCUUUUCCUCCCGGACUUCAAAGGCAGGGGUUGAAGACUGGGCAGAGGUCACAUGGGGGCAGAUGGCAGGAACAGAAAUUGCAAAUGAAAAAGUAGCAUUUGGAAAUUCUGUGAAGACACCUGGAAAUUUCAUCCUAUACCUGAUUCCAGCCCUAGGAGGAGCAGGUGGGCUGGCCAAAAAGCAGUCUGUGCUUUUAGGACAGUAGCCCCUCGUCUUGAGAGAAGGGUAUGGAUGGGACCCAGGAGACAUGGAAUCUCCUGGGAGAAAAGUGUUCCCUGGGUCAGGAGGUUCUGCUAGUGUCAGCCAAGAGCUUGGCUGUCCGGCACUGUCCCCCUCCACCCAGCACUUGGCUGGGCCAGCAGCCCCUCUAGUGGGGGUUGGAACAUUUUACUGUACAAAAUUGGAUCAUUGAUAACAUUUGGGACUUUUAAUAACUCUCUUCAUUUUAAAUUCAUGCAAACUUGGACCUACCCCUACCUCCCAUGUCUCCCUAAAGGAGGAAAAAAAAUCAGGAACCCUUGGGCCAGAAGGACCUCAGAGGCUGUCUGGCUAUUCCCAGGAGGGCAAAGCCCAUCAGCAUCCUUAACCCAGAGCCAGGAGUUGGGUGGGCCCACCUUUUUGGUCUUCCAGGGACUUGUAGUACCAGUAAGGAGAAGCCUAGCUAUUCUAAAUGGUCUGUUCUGGGGUGCUGAAGAAAUUUAUGUUAAAACAACAAAGUUUUCCAGUGUUAAUCCAUUUUUUGCAAAUACCUCCUCCUCUCUGGUUUUGUAAGGAUGGGUGAAAGUUGUUUUAGAUUGUCAUACAUGUUUGGAAAAUGCCAAAAUAAUAAUAGGAAACCUUCGCAUUUGUUAGGUGCUUUGUAGAUUUCAGAACACUUCCCAGCCUUUAAUUUACUAGUCGAGAGGGAGAGGAAGAGAGAGAACAGGGUCAGUUACUACACCCAUCUGACAAGUAAGGAUACUGGUUCUAGAAGGAACUUGCCCAAAGUGAGCAGAAUGCUGGCAUCCUGACAGGCUUCCCUGAACCCUGCUGCCUCCAUAUGGGCUAGAGUAGAACCACAGAGAGCAGGGGAAAAAGAGGAGACCUAGGAAUGACCUUGUUACUUUUGUUCUUUCUACACCAGUAAGUAAAAACUAACAUCUAGUAUCUUACAGUUCACAAAGCGAUUCCACAUCCAUUCUCUGAUAUAACCCUGUGAAAUAGAUUAUUUCUCCCAUUUAAUCCAUGAGGAAACUGAGACUCAGAAAAGCAAAGUGACUUGCUCAUAAGUGGCAGAGCCACUCGAAUGAAUCCCAGUCUGUCUGCUGUCUCUUUCUCUCCAGGCUGACUGAAACAUCUAUGCUCUGCACCCUCUCUUGAUCCUAGUAUGUAAUUCAAGAUCAAAGACAAGGCCCCAAGGCAUAAACAAGGGGCAGAAAGGCUGUGGUCUGGAAGAGCCCAGGCCUAGCACCUAUUUUUCAGUAUGAGCACCGGAGCCCCAGUUCAGCUGGCCUCUCCCUCUUGCUUUGAUGGAGAUCCACAAGCCUGGCCAAGCUUGGGGAAUCAUUGCAAAGGGACUGAGCCAAGAGAGCAGGGGCAGCAGUGUGCUUCUGGUAGGAUGAGCACACCUGGUAGGCUCACAGGUAUCUGCUGGGCAUCAUCCAAAGGUACUGGGUGGCCCAGUGGUCAAGUUGGACAGAAGGUCAGGGCUGGAAGGGCCUUAUCAUUAUAGGAAGGCCAGCAAGCCAGAGAGGACAAGGGGUGUGCCAACAUAACAGUGAACUGCAGUGCUGGCACCCACAUGCAAACCCCUCUCCCCACUCCACUGCCUCCCCAGUACCACCAGCUUGGUGGUCAGGGUUAGGGGUAUAGGUGGUUCAAGUUACCAACCUUCUUCACUCCUGCCUCCUUCCUCUCAUUAUCCUUGGGCCUAGGAAGCUGGAGUGCCCCCAAGUGGUGAGACUCUGAAACAAUCUGCAACAUUUUGCAAAUUUUAAUUUCUAUCCCAUGAGAAAGGACAGUUGCUGCCGCUCUUCUCUCCUGGCAGUGACCCAGAAGUGAUAUCCCCUUCCCUAAACAUUGAACAAGGACACACCUAUCCAGAGUGCUUUUUGUGUACAAAGUCCUUUGACAUUGCCAAAACACCCAUUUUAUAGAUGGGAAAAAAGUCUCAGAAAGCUUAAGAGACUUGCCAAAGGUCACACAGCUCAGAAGAGGAAGAGUCAAGAUUUGAAUUCUUCAAAUCCUCUGCUCUUUCUGCUGGCACCUGCUGGGUCUGAGUGGUAGGCAUGAAGAAGGAAUAAGCUGCCUGUCCCCCCCAGGGGUGAGGACCAGGACUUAGAGGGUGCACGGUCCUUACUCCUUAUCCCAACUCUUAUCUCUGGUCAUCCAAAUUGUUCCAAGUUUGAGGUAGCUUACUCCCAGAGGUUUAGGGGUGGUCCUUUGGAGGGACUUGGCUUUGUUCUGAAUGGUCUUCAGAAAUGAAUCACAUCGGGCUUAAAGUAGGGCAGGCCUCCUGGUCACCAAGUUCUGGUGUCAUUGUGCAGACAGGAUGGCCAGAAUCUCAGUGAGGCACUGGCUUAGCCAGGCCUGGAGACCUGCAUAUCAGAUUCUUCAGCUCUGCUCCCGCCAAAGAGGGAGGGCCUAGAAAGCUUGGUUCUUGGUCAUGGUUACAACAUUCUGACUAGAUUAAUCAUUUAGAUGUCACCAUGGCAUCUCUCCUCAAUUGCAGUUAAAAGUACAUAGCAGCUCUGCUUUUCUAGCUUGUAUUCUACCACAUCACUAUAGCAUAUGUACGUUGUCCCCAGCCAACUGCCAAGCUUGGAAAUCUGGAAGGGUUAGGUCAGGCAGUGGAGUGAGCAAGGAGGAAGCAUGUUGCAUGCCGGUGCACAGCCCUAGGGGAUUCCAGGCCCAACCCACCUCCAGAAGCAGGAUCACAGUGGAAGAAACCCUGCCAGGCUAACAUCAGAUUCCACACCUGAGCCUCUGAGAGCAAUCUCCUGUGGGCAUGCCAGACUGGCUGCAGGAUUUGUCCUUUACCUUUCCUAGAAAACUAAUUUCUGAAAUUCUAAUUUCUGAGUUUCAUGGUUCCAGGGUCCAGCCUUCAAAAUUCCUGCAGGCCAUCUUCAACAUUCCAUAGCCAGCCUUGCCUGAGCCAGACUCAGGUCCCACUCCUUAGUUUCUUCAGUGGGUAUUUUCAUCUUGCAUGCUGUUGAGUCUAGCCCAGUGACCAAAUGAGAAACACAGGAGUUAGGACUGGCUGCCACAAAGCCUGAAAGGGAAACUAGAGCUCUUGGUUGCUGUGGCAGUUUGAGGCCCUCUACCCAUUCCAUUCCUGGUAGAGGGGUAUUUUCUUUCCUGAAGAGAACAGAUACAACAGCUUUGCAGAUAAGUACCAGCCCACAGGAUUCAAAUGGGUGAAAUCAUCUUUGAGCUUGACCCAGCAAGACCAGCAUCUCCAGGCUCCAGCCUUUCUCUUCAAGCCUGAGAAUUGGAAAGAGUUCUCGAGACUGUCCAGAGACCACCUUCUCAGGUCCACCAGUUUAUCUGGAUCUGUGGUAGGACUCAAGCUUCUCCUUACCAAGGGGAGUUAAGACCAGGCCUCUAGCAACUCGGAGUUGUCUUUAACAACCUUUAAAGGCCCAAGGGCCUGUCCCCAUCUCCUGACUAAAAAGCAUCUGCAUUCAUUUCAUAUCACAUGACAGAAACGUGUUCUCAUGGCAUGUAACAUCCCUGUGAGAGUGUUGUAUAUGAUUUUGUAUUUUUUAAUUCAUUUUAAUCUACAGGUUGGAAUCUAAUUUUUAAAUUUUAUUGGAACUCACAUUUUAAAAGGAAAAACAUUUAAAAUAAUAAACCUUUGACCAGUGUCUUCCAAGUAGUUUGAUCAAAGAACUUAUAGGUGUUUUCAAAACAGCCUGGAGUAUAAAGAUUGGAAAGCCC